AUCCAAACCACCAAGCUCAUUCGCUAAUGGAAAGACAAUCAACGUCGCGGCGGGUGUCAGCCCAUGUCUCCUCAUCCACACCCGCAUCGUCCCAGGAGCCCCAAACAUCGAUAGUCCAUGUGGUGCAGAAGGACACAUCCCAGUCGACUGAGCCGGAGCUGGAAGCCCUUGGAUCAAUCGAGAAGUUCCAACCACUGAUUCCUGUUACGACCGAGACAGGGUUCAACUGGAGGCGCCUGUUUUCGGCCAAGCCGGACGAACCGCUGCCGUACUCCAUGAGCUCGGCCAAUCUUGAACGAACCUUUACUCUCUGUCGGGAACACAUCCAACAAUGCACAAGCGUCGUCGUCCAGGACCAGAAACUGCUAUGCAACAAGCUCAGCGACAUGGACGAGUACGCCACCAAGGUUGCCAGUACCAUCCUGAGCCGCAAUUACCAGACCAAGCAGCACCUCGAUCAGCUCGCAACAGUCACAAACAUCAAGGGGCAGGCCGAAAAGACACACUUGCUCAUGGUCGACAUUGUUCAGUCGCUCACCCGGCUCGACGAGUUUUUGUUACCCGAGGAGCGACUGAGCCAUCCCUCGAACUCCAAAAAGUACCCGAACCUCGCCAAGCAUGCCCUGCCGCGCGUCAGCCACAAACUUGCACGGGCGCCUCCGGUUCCUGGCCAAGCCGUCUCUCCGACCCGGUCCUACGAGCCCAUCCGGCGAUCGACGUUGUGAUGGCGAUCCGUGGUGAAGCAGCCGGCCAUCCACCGCGAGGGGCUGAUCCGCAAUGCAUUGGCGUGCUUCCUGGCCCAGGAUUUGCACAUCUCUCGACAAGCGACGUGCUUGCACAAUAAAGGGGUGCAUGCAUCCCGUCUCUGUACUCGU